UGUCUCACCAUCAUGUGAAGAACUCACUUCAGUCGCUAACAGCAAACUACGGACAAAGUCAUAUUAAAGUCCUUUUCUGUUGGGUGGCAAAUACACCCCUCAACAUCUUCCAGACUGUCUCUGGCCAGUGACUGCAGAGGAUGAGUUUCAGUGUAAGAAUUUAAAUAUAUUUAAAAGGUGAAUGAACAACAGCACAGCUCCAUGCAGUGGCCAGCAGCUUGCAGAGAUGUCAUCUUCAUUUUCUCGCAGCAAGGAUCAGCAACGCUCAAGAAAAUUCCUAUCUGAUUAUUCUACAACCUCUCCCAUCCCAACAACCAACAGUUUGAGGCACGAUAGAGUAUCCAGACUGAACUCUGAGAGAUCUGGAACAGAUGUUUCCAAAGACCGAACCCUAAGCCAGACUGAGUCCUACAUUUCCCAAAGGGAGAACAGAUCCUCAAUGAGAAAAAAGGCAGAAGAGGAGAUGGGCUGUAACGACUACAAGAAGAUGUAUGAAGAGGCAAUGAAUAUGAAUCAGAGGCUCAAAUCCAGGCUGGAAACAAGUAAACAGGAACUGGUCAUGGUUCAGGCCCAGCUGGAGAAAAUAGUGAAGCGCAGAGGAAGACCAUCUGAUUGUAGCUCCAAUUUGCUAGAGACAGAAAAAAAGGAAAGACAAGCGCUAGAGAAGAAGAUUUCAGAUAUGGAAGAGGAACUUAAGGUUAAGGCAAAGCUUAAAAUGGAAAACAGGAGACUGAAGGAUGAGAAUGGAGCUCUUAUCCGAGUCAUCAGUAAACUGCCCAAGUGAGACAAAAAAAGAAGAAGAACGGGAGGAAAGGAGGAUGCUACAAGCCAUGUUUAGCCUUCUUUAUAUGGCCUUUGUUAAAGGUAAAAAUUGCCAGUGGAACAGGAAUAACAUUUAUAUCUGUGAGCGGUUUGGAUAAUGGAUGGCUGGAUGGAUCUUGGGAAAGUUCAGUAUGAAACAAUUACUCUCUCACCAAUUUGGAAAACAACAUUCAACUGCUGCCACAGCUGAUGAUGAUUAAAAUGAUGAUGGUGAUGAUGAUUACAACAACAAUUCAAAUUCAGUUGAUACCUCGUCAUCAGUAAAUUACAGACUAACUGCAUAGCACACAGGGUUGAUUUCACAUUUAGCUACAUAUUCCGAUGUAUAUGGCACGGGAAAAGUUAUACAACUACUGUACUUGGUCAAGUCAAUUACAGCUAAAAAAUGUCUAUAUCAACUACAAAAUCAUAACUGCAGGAAGUGCAUGUAUUUAUGAAAUAAACACUGCUUUACAAAGUUGAA